UUGUCAUGUCCCCGCAGUGCCUGUAGUGGUGCUGUGAGGAGUCUGCUGUGGAUCCAACAAAAAUCCUCAGCCUGCCUACUGCUUGUAAUUUGCUCUGGAUAGCCUAUAUUUAAAUGCAUCCUUAUAUCAAGAUAUACCGAGCUCGAUGAAGAUCACUGGUAUUAUCCUGUCUCGAAUAUCGAUGCACAAAUAGCCUAGCCGAUUCUAAUAGACAUUUCGGCCGUCUAUCUGGAGCGAAUACCUUACACAGCCCAUACCAAUUCAAGCUGAUGUUGUCAAGAACAAGAGUCACGUGAUGUAUGAAGGCAAACACAUACACUUCUCAGAGGUGGACAAUAAGCCCUUGUGCUCGUACAGCCCAAAGCUCUGCAAACAGCGCAGGCUAAACGGCUAUGCUUUCUGUAUCCGGCACGUUCUGGAGGAUAAGACGGCCCCCUUCAAGCAAUGUGAAUAUGUGGCCAAGUACAACAGCCAGCGCUGUACCAACCCUAUCCCCAAGUCUGAGGACCGCAGAUACUGUAACAGCCACCUGCAGGUUCUGGGCUUUAUCCCCAAGAAGGAACGGAAAAAGAAACAUGACGCUUUGGAGGAAAUGCGCUCACGGGCUCACCUGGAGUCAGUGGCUCUCAACAUAACUGUGCCCUCUCUAGCUCUAAAAGCUCCCAAUGGUCUAGAUGAACUUCCGCCAUCUCCUCCCUGUACACGCCUGUUACCCCUCCCCGAUGGGGAACUACUAGACCCUUUUGCCUUUUAUGAGGACGACACAGAUGGGGAGGAGGUGGGUGUGCCUCGGAAGGGCAGCGCCAUCAAGAAGAAACUACAGAGUCGGCUGGUGCUCAACCAGAAACUCUGCCAUGACACGGACCUCUUCCAGCCACCCCCUGAGCACUUUAGUCCCUCCCCUGCCCCCCGUGUCCAUCCCUCUUCGCCGCUCAACACCCAUCUCCCACGGCAGCAGUCAGGUCUCCUCCAGCCGCCCCAGCACUCCAGCGUGACUUCUUUCAUCUUCCCAGGACAGCAGCAGGGUUUAUUAUGCAAUCCACCACCACCUCAGACGGUCAACUUUCUGCCUCCAGGGAUGCCUCCUAAUGCAGCACCCAGUCCAGUGCAACCUUCUGGGCCAUCACUCAGCAGGAAAAUGCCUUUCACUGCUUCUCACUUGCCUGUCAGUUGCAAGGACAGUGGCAGUAACAAUCAGCGGCACAUGGUUGUCAUGCGUCCCGCUGCCUUCUCACCUUCUGCCAGCUGCCUGGCCAGGUUGCAACAUCUGGUGCAGCUCUGUGCCAAGAGACACCAGGAGCACGGAGACCUCUUUCCUCAUCUAGGACUGGACUGGUCAGAAGAUAGUGCGGAUGAUGAAGAGGAGGAGCCAGAGACAUUUGUUCCUUUCCAGAGCUCUUGGAGACCACAGAAUGGGUUGGAAGAUGACAGCGGUUCCUCACGGAGAACACGGCUACUUCGGCUUUGCUCGUACCUCCAGGAGAAAUACAAGCACAUGUGCAGGCAGGAGAGGGCGAGUAUCCGCCAAAAGAGAUACCGCUAUGCCUUCCGCAAAGCCUUGCUGCACGCUGCCAGCAACAACCCCGAUUGUGCAGGGCAGCUCAUCCAGGAGUUACGCGGUGCCUCUCGAAGCUCUUCAAGCGAGGCUCCAGCCAGGCAGCAGAACACAGAUACGGGGACCUGCACUGGCAGCACAAAGGGCCAGGCCUGCAACAACAGGGCUCUGCCCUUCACUCGACACUGCUUUCAGCACAUUCUGUUGAAUCGUUCCCAGCAGCUCUUUGCAAGUUGCACAGCCAAAUUUGCAGAUGGUCAGCAGUGCUCCAUCCCCGUGUUUGAUAUUACGCACCAGACACCACUCUGUGAAGAGCAUGCCAAAAAAAUGGAUAACUUCCUGCGAGGGGAUGGUAACCGACGAGUGCAGCACCAGCAGCAGCAACAACGAAAGCCACGUAAAAAGACCAAACCACCGGCGCUCACCAAAAAACACAAGAAAAAGAGGAGGAGAGGCCCAAGGAGGCCUCAGAAACCCAUCCCUCCAGCGUUACCACAGGGGAACCUGGGAAUGCCUUCUACAAGCCUAGCGAUACCCUCACAGGCCAGCAUCAGGAGCCCUUCGACUCCAGACCUGAGCACAGAGGAGCUUCCUGACGACAUCACCAAUGAAAUGGCAGACAUUCCAAAUGACCUGGAGCUAAACCAGGAGGAUUUUAUCGAUGUGUUACCCAGACUACCUGAUGACCUGCAGGAUUUUGACUUGUUUGAAGGUAAGAACGGGGAUUUGUUGCCCACCACGGAGGAGGCUGAGGAGCUGGUGCGUGCGCUACAGGCGAUGGGCUCCUACCCAGACUCUUUGGUGUGCCUGACCUCCAUGGGCGACCUGGCCCCGUCUGAAGGAGUGGACCACAGAGCCAUGACUGUGUUCCCUGGUCCGGUCCAGCCGGGGGGUAUGGGGGACCUGCUCAACAGCCGCAUCCCCACAGAGAACUUCACCAGCCUCGAGCUGGAGGACAAUCUACUGCAGUCCACGGGGAGUCACUUUCCCCCCUCACCGCCAUCUCAACCUGCGAACCAGCCCCAGACAUCGUGCUCUAACCUGACCUCAUCUUCCUCCACAGUAGCCCCGGCCACCACCUCCCUGCUCACUCAGACCUCCAUAACAGAGCGAACGUUUUCCCGGACACACACGUCCCACGUCAUGGCCAAGUCGGAUGCACCCACGUCAUCUCCUCAAGGCAGCCACUACAGCAGUGAGCAUGUGCCAUCCCCGUACAGCGACCACAUAUCCUCUCCCCACGCCAGCUCCUUCCAGACAGACACUCCUCUGCUGCUGGAGGUCCCUCUCAGCGGGGCACCAGGACCCCCGCGCUCAUCAUGGAACAAUAUCCCCCUCCCCCUCACGGACCCGACGCAGUUUGGCAAUCUCAUAGGAUCAGAAAGUCAUCUCAUAUCAACGUCUCUGUCCACGCCGCCAGCCACCACCCACUCUGUGACGCUGCAGCCUAUGGCUGCGCUCUCAGCGAUGCCCCAAAGUGGCUUGACAGGUUUAACGACUUCCUCCGCCCCCUCGUCCUCCCUCCCAUCCUCCUCACAUGAUCUUCUGACCUCCACACAGCCCAAACAACAGCUCCCACAGUUCAGUGCGGCCUUUGGCCAUCAAUUGGCCUCCCAUAGUGGCAUCCCGAAAGACGUGCAGCCUAGCCACAGCUCCACAGCACCCCCCGCUGGCUUUUCCAUAGUUAGUGCCACCGCUGCAAGUGCCAACAGCGCCACACCACCCUUCACGCAAAGUAAAUGAGAGCAGUCGGCCUGCAGCGGCUGCAUGACGGUCAGUGGACUCACAGUCACUUACAAACCAGCCGGCUGGCUCCUGAUUGAUGAUCCCUCUUCAUCUGCUACAUGUGUGCAAUGUGGUAAUAGUGCACUAUUUGAUAAUGAAUUUGCACAGCCUCAGAUUUUCCUCAGUAGUUUCUAUUUUCGUUUUUAUUCUGUAGCCAGGCGGUCUCUGGGAUUCUAAGUCAGUGUGAGUCCACUUGUUUGAUGCCUUGUGGUUUCGUCAGCAGGGGGUAACAGUCGGAUUUUGUGAUGAAAUAAACGGGUGAAAAUUGGCGGACGGACCUUCGCAGAGAUUAAUCUGUCACAGUGCUCAGAACUCAUUGACGUAGAAGCCUCAAUCAGUGGUCGGUUUGUUUGCUUUGCCAGUUUAAGUCCUGUCUUUAAAUGAUCAACUGUACCCUGCCUUGCUCAGAUAGCCAUUGCAAUUUUUUUUUAAUUUCCCACCUGUUUCAUACACUGCUUCUGUCACCCUCUGAAAAACAAAGAGUACAGGUUGUGAUAUUUGUGACCCAUUAUGUUUCAAAGCUAUUUAACUGUUAUCAUGAUAUAGAAUCUUACCGAGUCAGAUUUCACAGUCAUAUAAAAUUUACCAAAAUACUUUUAAACAGCUGUUUUUAUAUUGUGUAUACUGUAUAUGUGCUCAUUUAUCGGUUUGCUCAGACGUCAAAAUCUCUGACCUCACCAUUGGUUGUGGGACUCUGAGUGGCCUAGUAGACACUUGAAGGUAAAUAUAGUUUCUUAAAGCAAUAAACACAUUAACCUAACUCUAGCAUUGUAAGGUAUUUUAUUGGUCUCAUUACAUGUAGCUUCACUUGUUGAAUCCAGGCUGGAUCAGGAAUAUAUUUUGGCCUCUAUAAACUGUUGUAAACUUUUUAUUUUUUAUGUUACAGCAGUUUCACGCAGAACUAUAGAGAUCAGUGAUCAGGUCAGCCUAACUUCUUCUCUGGGGUCACACUGAGUGGAUUUUUAAGGCUAAUAAAUGAGUUUCAGUGUUAAUGGUUGGGGCGAUGAUGGCGUAAUCCAGGGACUUUAAGUGUCUACUCUCAAAGGUGCUCUCUGGUCCACAUACACAAUGGUCACAAGUGACUUAUAUGUCAGGCAGAAUCAGUGUCAGGACAACAAGGAAACCCACUAUCAGACGUCAUGGACAGACUACCAAGUAGGGCUGGGUAUCAGUGCGCGAUACCUUUAAGGACUGAAACAAUCCAGUACCGAAUAGUAUUGAAAUGUCUCCAAUAAAACGAUUCCUGCAUUCAUUUUCGCGCCUGGUGUUUAAUCCCAGAUUACCAUGACAUUGUUCCGACCGGCCAAAAUUUCGAAGUCCCAAACGUCUGAAAAAUGUCGCAUUGGACUGAAAUGUCAUUUCUUCAACAGCCCGUUGUCACAAAAACAAAUCCCAUUGCUCAAAAGUCCUGUUCCUCUGAAAAUACACAUUGCACAUUGUUUUAAGCGGAAACGUAACCUUUUAACCCAAGUGGUUUUUUGUGCCUAAAUUCAACCAAACAUUCACUACAGCAUUAUUUCUGCUACAAAAUAAUGUAUUUGUGGUUAACAGAAAUGUACAAUGCUAACAUUUUCUGUUGUGAUUGGGUUGUCUAACUGCAGGGUGCUUGUAUUUUCGGAGAAAGGGACUUUGGUGCAAUAAGUGGUUAUUUUUAGCAUUAAUGGACUUUUGAAGAAAUGAGGUUCGGACUAACAGUGCUGACACGACUCUGCAACAUUGCGUGGACAUCGGGGGCAGUGCCUCUGGACUGGCAGACCGGGGUGUUGGUCCCUCUUUUUAAGAAGGGGGACCGGAGGGUGUGUUCAUAAAUUCAUUUUCUAGGGGGUUUGUAGGUACUUAAAAAAAAAAGUAUCCACUGAUUUUACAGAUGUCUCGUUAGCCCUGUGAUGCUAACAAGUGGUCAUGUUACUGUGUGUGUGCAGCCAGGCAGACUCACAUUACAGUCCCUGGUUACAGAGCUCACACUCCCGCAGCAACAGCUAAAACCUAAAUAGUCUGUUACGUGGGGAGUUGACUGCAUUGUGCUUGACGAAAUGCCAUAAAAACGUUCAAAUGUUUGGCUAAACUACACGCCGCUCUGUUCACAUUAUGGGUGUUGAAAGACGUACUCUCGGUACUGGUAAUUUACUUUUUCAAUGAUACCCAGCCCUGCUACCCAGAGAGAGCUUAGGUGGUAAUUUAAAUGUAUACUCAUUUUAAUGAUCAGUGUCUGUUUUACUCUAAAACUCACUUAUAAAGUCAUUUUAAGCUGCACACCUGGGGUCUGAUUUUUAAUUUAGAGAAAACGAGAAACACACGAGAGCUCCUCCUGUCUGUGACCGACUCAUACAGCAGUACAACCAUGGCUUUUGAUAGAUAUUAUUAGACAUUUGACAGAUUGUCAGACAUUGUUGAGUAUUAGGUAUAUAGAGUAGCGAGUCUCUAUCUUGGGGUUUGUUGGUGAAUUAUUGAGUAGCAAUGGAUUGAAAUUGUUAUUUGCAAUGUAUUCAGUGGAACCUGUGUCUUGUAGAAUGAGUCUCUUGUUUUUUAAUGGCUAUCAAAAUGAUUGUAAGUCAAAGGGAUCAAUGUUUGUAUGCCGUCAAUUUUUUAAAUAUGAUGGAGAGUAUUUUUGAUAGCUAUUAAACUCCAGGAAGAAGUCUUGAGAUUUGCAUGGGGCGGCAAACUUUUGUGUGAGAGCGUUAUAAUAAUACUAGAUUAUGGUCACUGGCUUGAUUCUUGGUGGUAUAUGAACAUAGGAAUAUAUGCAUCGCCAUUUCAUUUCAUUUCAUUAUGUGGAGAAAAACAGAUUACAGUAUGUUGUUUUUCAACAUAGAUUUGCACAGGAGUGGAUGAGGCCGGUGGUGUUUCACAUGUCCCGUGUCUGUCUUGCCUUUUUUUUUUUUUUUUUUUUUUUUUUUUUUUUUUUAUAUUUGCUUGGACGCUCAUUAAGUGAACAGCUGCCAUCAUUACCAGCUCUGAGCCUGCACCAGAACCCCCCUCUCCCAUUUCCAGCUGUGAGAAGGCCCAGUUCUGUCUCUCCCUUCCAAAGAGAAAACACAAAAUGAAGUGUAAACCCGUAGCUCCACCAGAGACAACUGGGCUUCUCAGUGACUGCAGUGUUGUAACUAUAAUAGUGAUAAACACAGUGCCCCGAAAAGUUUAAAAACAACAAAAAAAGUUGGAUGAAAAUGUUUGCAAGGCAUUACUGCUGUAUCCACAUAGCAUGAGAUUAGUCACGGCACCAGUUUACUCUCCCAAAAACCACGUAGAACAAAAUUAACAGGGCUCGUACUGUAGGCACAUUUAACUGCUUGAAUUCAGAGAUGGCUGACAAAUUCCUAUACUCAUUGAAUGUACUGUAUUACUGUUUUUAAAGAUAGGAUGAGCUAAUCUAGUCACCUUUUGUUAUCGGUCCUUGUUUAAUUUGUCUAAGGUAUUUUUUGUAUACAAAGGUUUACAUUUUUAUGUAUAUUUUUCUUGUGUACAAAUUAUGUAAUAUGUGUACAAACACUGUAUGUAAUAUCUGUAUAUAGUGUGAGAAAUUUGAUCUUUUGUUUUUGGAUGUAUAAAUAAAACUUGCUGUGAGGUA